CAAGAAGACGUGAUAAGGUCUGAGAGGCAGGUGGGAGUUGCAGUGCAGAUGCUGCUUCUGUGUGAGGCAGACGUGACGGGUGCGUGGCACUGUUGCAUUGAGGAUGUCGCAGACUAUCAUCGAGACUACGAGGACCUUCAGGCUCGGCACGGUGCCACGGACCAAGGGCAGUUACCUGGCGUCUCCUCUCGGCGCCUGCCAAAUCGCGCAAACGGUGCUCGGCGCGGUGUGUGUCGGCCUGGUGGGCUACUAUGGCAACCAGUACUACUACGACACGGCGAUACAAGCGGCCGAGUGGGCAACACUGGUCCUCAAGCACCUGGUGAAGAUAGAACAUGCGGACCUAGCGAAACCUGUCACAUUCUUCCUGAUUGCGGCCUGCGCUUGUCUCAUUAACACACUGUGCUUUCUCACUGCCUGCACACUCUCCCCCAUCACGGCCCUCAUGAUAACCAAGACGGCAUACAGCGUCCUGUACCAUUUCGUGGCAUUCGCCCUGUACCUGUCGGCGUCCGUGACGCUGAUUGUGUCCAUAAGCAGAGAGGACAUCAGGAACUAUCGAGACGGACAUUACUACGAGCCCUUCAUGGCUGCGGGGAUCAUUGGAGUUAUUGUAGCUGCUUGCUACCUGCUGAGCAUAGCUGUCUCCUACAGAUCACACGCGCCUGACGUUUAACCUCUCAACAUCAGGCCGGAACAAUGCAGUCACUCCUGUGGCCCAACAAAACAAUUAUCGACCUCGAAGAAUUCCGUAUUCUGGGAUGUGGCGCCGUGGAACCGCUGGUUCCUUGCUCGCGGAUUUUUUUUCCCUGAAAAUGGAGG